AUGAACAUCUAUGCCGUAAUCCUUCUUUUAGUGUCACUGCAAGUGGCAACGGCCCAGGUCCUGCCACCCGAAAAGAUCUGCAAGGGACCACCUAUCACCUUUACAAAGCCAAACUUUGCUGACUGGUCUGACCCAGCUAAUCAGGAUGCCAUCUCGCCAUCGGUUACCCUUACGAGAGCAGACCACUGGCCUCUGCUCAAUGUGGCUCUGGGUCAAACUCCUCGAGAUGUACAGAAUCCUUCUGGUGUUUCGUUUGCCGUCGGAUCCACCACUGACACAAAUUUGGUGUUUCAGAGCUUUACAAGGGCCCAUCAAGGUUGGAUUGGUGAAAUGUUCACUACAAAUUAUGGGACUGAUGUUACCAAUGUGAUGGUGAUGUAUUUACAGGCAGAGGAUUUGUAUGUCGACUUGACAUUUCAAUCCUGGUCCAAAGGGCGUGAUGGUGGAGGCUUCAGUUACACACGUUCCACUUGUUGCCAGCUUGGUGGCUGUGGUUCUGCAAUGUCAGGAGACCCUCAUGUCAUGUCUUGGUCAGGAGAAUGGUUUGAUUACCAUGGUCAAUGUGAUUUGAAGCUCAUGCAUGUUCCCAACUUCCAAGGAAAAGAUGAUUUGGACGUUCAUGUCCGUACCACUGGACGAUAUCUGUACAGCUACAUUGAAACUGUUGCUGUCCGUAUUGGCAGCGAGACCAUGGAAGUAUCCAGUUGGGGUGAAUACUCCAUCAACGGAGUAGAGAAUGCCAUGAUCAAGUCUCAGGGAAGUACGGCACUCAGGAAGAGCAUUGCUAUUUCCCAAAUUGGAGGAUACCCCAUCUUUCAUAUGCAAACCAAUCCAAAGACUCACCGCUUCGACAUCAUGAUCACGGGUAGUUCCAACAUCACUAUGAGCAUCUUGAAGGACAUUGUCAGUGUCAGGGUCCAUAAUCCAACGAAAGCAGACUUUGGAAAUGUGGUUGGGCUGUCGGGUGACUUCACUGGUCGUUUGCUGGCCAGAGAUGGUGUCACUGACUUGAGUGGAGACAUCAAUGCGUUGGGACAAGAGUGGCAGGUUCGUGAUGAUGAGCCCAUGCUUUUCCAGGCUGUGAGGGCUCCCCAGUACCCAGCCAAGUGCAUCCUUCCUGGCAUGACCAAGAAGGAAGCCCGUCGUCUCGGUGAGGGUAUUGCUGAAGAAGAUGCCAAGGUUGCUUGUGAUCAUUUGAGAGAUGAUGCACAUGCCUUUGCCAAUUGUAUCUACGAUGUUACUGCCACCAAUGAUCUUGACCAAGCCAUGAGUGGCGCUUUCUAG